CUGGAACGGUCUGGAAGCAUCGUAUUUAUACCCAUUCCGUAUUUAUCCCUGGAUUUUACUCGAUUUGAUUUUAUUAUUUGUUUAAUUAUUCCUUCAAUUCCAUCAGUUUAUAAUUCAAUAUGUGUGUGAGAUUCUGUGUCAUUGUAUUGCUGAAUGUCGUCGUGUCCUGUGUGUUUGGUGCCAGUGUAGCUCUCCAUCUCGUCAAUUCCUCAGUCAAACUCUAUAACGUCACGUUUGUGGACAACUCAACCAAAUCUGUGCUGAAUGAUGCUGAGGAUUUCAAUCUCCCAUUUAAAUUGACGUUCGAUAACGCCACCAACUUGGAUAGUUCUACAACGGACGAAGCCGGAAAUGGAAGCGGAAACAACUUUACCACCCGGGACAACCCUUCACCACCUCCUUCCGUGGCGCCUGAAAAUGUCGACGUUCAACUGAAGAGCCUAGAAUCUAACGUUACUGACGAUUUAUCCACUGCCAACUCUACCCUGAAUUCAACAUCCAAGUUGUCGCCUCAAAAUGAUGUUAUGGAUAAACGUGAAUUGUUUGAUAUUGAUAUUGGUAGUAUUAUAACAAUUAAUUUCGGUUAAAUUUAAUUCACGGCAUGUGCACUAUUUGAUUUCUUGUUGAAGACGUUUUUCCCUUCGUUCCAGACGACGUUCUUCCCUUGGUCCUAUCAAAAUAGUUUCUGUGGUAGGCCUAUUGUAAAUUUGUAGCCUAUAUGGAUUGUUUGUCCGAAUCGUUAAUUGUGUACACAUUUUAAAUGUCGAGUAAAUUUCUUAAAAUAUACAAAAGUAUUUAAA